AUGGUCAAGAAAGGCAAGGGAAAGGACAAGGCUGGCGCCACCGCCCCGGCGGUACAGCCUGCUGCGACAUCAUCCAAAGAUGGCCCCAAGGGGAAGAAAACCGGCGGCCUGUCUCUCAUGGAACAAGCUGCCGGCCCUGUCGCUGGAAAGCCGACUGUCAAGCAGAUCAUAGGUGGAUCUUCAUGGACUGGAAAGCUGCCGGUGAACCUGUUCAACGAGUAUUGCCAGAAACAGCAGUGGGAAAAACCCGUUUAUGAUGUCCGAAAAACACCCGAAGGAUACGCUUGCUUCGUCACGAUUGCUGCCAAAGAUCCAAAAACACGGGAGUUGACAACCUUGGAUCCCUUCAAAAUUCAUCCUGAUUACAAGCAUCUUGUCACCAGGCCCACUGCUCUAGAGGCAAGGCACUGUGCAGCGACUUAUGCUCUCUUCCGCGUUUGUAGUAUGCAGAACAAGCAUACCGUGCUGCCGCCGGAUUACAAGUCACUCUGGAAGGAUUUCCAAGCAAUCAAACAGCAAGACGUCAAGGACGGCAAGGCGUGGAUGUAUGAUGCGGACCCUUUCAAGACUCUCAAGGACCGGCAGGAUGCCAAAGCUGCUGUUGAGAAGAAGAGGAAGGAAGCUGAGGCUGCCAAGGAGAAGGCAAAGUCUAUGCCGGGUGCAUCUGGUUUGGUCCUCGGCAACAGCUCUGGCUCGUCGAAUGCGAUGAAGGGAUGGACUCAGGCUCCCAAGAUUGAAAUGGGCAAGCGCUCGCGGACGCAGGUCGAAGCACUGAUCCAGAAGUACGUCGUCUGGAACCCCAACAAGGUUCAGAUGUCGGCAGCUCAGCGCAAAAGCAUCACCGACGAGUUGGGAAAACUAGGUUUCAGGCGGAGUCACGUAGAAGAGGCUACGGAAAUCUGCAAGGAUCGUGAAGAAACCUUGGAGUGGCUGUUGAUUCAUGUUCCUGAGGAUGAUCUGCCUCGUUGGGCGUUGCCUGAGAGCUACGCAGCAGGCAUAUCGGUCGCAUCGAUGGAUCUCAAGAAGGAGGCGGCAAUCAAGCGCCUGUCUGAAUCGGGUUACGCACUUGACUUGUGCGCUCGUGUCUUCGAAGAGGCUGGUAACAGCGAGGGCAGGGCCGCUGAAUUGCUGCAGCAACGUCUUGUUGGACAAAAACCAACAAACAAGGCGCAAACGACGGCGGAGGAGCUUCUGCCUCCAGGAGUGUCCGCAGAGGAGUUGUGGGAGGACGAAGUGGCAGCCAUGGAGUCUUCCUUUGGCGACCACUUCAAACAAGUCUCUCCUGACAUCAUCCAAGUCAAGCUUGAGUCGGUUAAGAACGGAAACAAGUUGGUUGAGACUGCUGUCCAAGUGCGCAGGUCGCCCAAUUACCCUGCCCAACUCAUAUUUGCCAUUGUUUCUCAGCUUCCAGCACAAAUCAAGCUGUCCAUCAUUAAGCAAACGAUUGCCUAUCUGGACGAAUCCUAUCAAGAAGAGCCUAUGAAGGUCUUCGUUGCCAUUGACUGGAUUCAGCAAAAUAUCAACGAAAUCAUUGAGAGACCCGGAAAACUGGUCGACAUUGCUUCUGUGGCGUCUACAGCAUCCGAGGUUCCAAACGACUCUCGGCCACGCAGAGCCGGCCCCAAGUCUCAGAGAGCCCCUAGGCCAAUCAUGUGGACGCCUGAUCCUCGGGCGCGCGAGGAGUGGUCCAGAAGACAGGAAGACCCUGCGUGGAAGAAGAUGAUAUCUAAACGUCAAACCCUGCCAGCAUGGCAGGUUCGCGAGGAUAUUGUUCAAAUCGUCGACGAGAACCACGUCACAAUUAUUAGUGGAGAGACAGGUUCCGGAAAGUCAACGCAGUCGAUGCAAUUCAUCCUCGACGAUCUCUAUAGCAGAGGCCUGGGCAAGUGUGCCAACAUGCUCGUCACUCAACCCAGGAGAAUCUCUGCACUAGGUUUGGCCGAUCGUGUAGCCGAGGAACGUUGCACCAGAGUCGGAGACGAAGUGGGUUAUGCAAUUCGUGGCGAGAACCGCAGAAGUAACCAGACUCGUAUUACGUUUGUGACUACCGGUGUGCUCCUGAGACGAUUGCAGACCUCUGGUGGCCGAAUCGAAGAUGUCAUCGCCUCGCUCGCGGAUGUCAGUCACAUUGUCAUCGAUGAAGUGCAUGAGCGCAGCUUGGACACCGACUUUCUUCUGACUAUAAUCAGAGAGGUUAUGAGGACGCGAAAAGAUCUCUUAAAGCUAGUGCUCAUGAGUGCCACCUUGGAUGCCGCGUCUUUCAAGAAUUACUUCACCUCCCAAGGCCUAAGGGUGGGCACAGUAGAAAUCUCUGGUCGAACAUAUCCUGUUGAUGACUACUACCUCGACGAUAUUAUUGAGAUGACGGGCUUUAGGGGCGAUGCAGGUGACUUUGACAGCUCAAAGGGCGAGGCGAUGGGCAAGGCAAUCCAAAAGCUGGGCCACCGCAUUAAUUACAGCCUUCUCACCGAGACAGUCAGGGAGAUUGAUGCGGACCUUUCUUAUACUCAAAAAUCCGGGGGCAUUCUCAUAUUUCUUCCCGGCGUCGCUGAGAUCAACCAGACCUGCAAUGCGCUCCGGUCGAUCUCGUCAUUGCAUGUUCUCCCCCUCCAUGCUUCGCUAGAGACGAAAGAACAGAAACGUGUUUUCGCUGCACCGCCAGGAGGCAAAAGGAAGGUGGUCGUUGCGACAAACGUUGCAGAAACAUCCAUCACAAUCGACGAUAUUGUUGCCGUUAUUGAUAGUGGUAAGGUGAAGGAAACCACCUACGAUCCUCAGAACAACAUGAGAAAGCUAGAGGAGAACUGGGCUUCCCAAGCAGCGUGUAAGCAGCGACGCGGUCGUGCGGGUAGAGUUCAAGCAGGCAAAUGCUACAAGCUCUACACGCGGAACCUCGAGCAGCAAAUGGCUGAACGGCCUGAGCCUGAGAUUAGGCGAGUGCCGCUGGAGCAGAUGUGUCUAUCGGUUCGUGCCAUGGGUAUGAGGGAUGUAUCAGCUUUCCUAGCCCGAUCACCAACACCGCCCGAGAGCACAGCUGUAGAGGGAGCGAUCAAGCUCCUACGGAGAAUGGGUGCACUGGAUGGUGAUGAAAUGACAGCCCUUGGCCAGCAGCUCGCCAUGAUUCCCGCCGACCUUCGUUGCGCGAAACUCAUGGUUUACGGUGCCAUAUUUGGAUGUUUGGACGACUGCGUGACUGUUUCGGCGAUUCUCAGCACCCGCAGUCCAUUCAUGUCGCCUUCAGAUAAGCGAGAACAGGCCAAGGAGGCACGCAUGCGAUUUUCAAGGGGUGACGGAGACCUCCUUACCGACCUUGAGGCAUUCCGACACUGGGAGGAGAUGAGGAACGACGGCGUGGGCCAAAGACAAUUGCGUGCCUUCUGCGAUGAGAACUUCCUUUCCUAUUUGACAUUGUCUGAUAUCUCAGCGACUCGGCUACAAUACUACUCGGCCCUUAGGGAGAUUGGUAUCGCUGAGAGCAAGGAGGCCACCUACUCGCCUAACCAGGGCAGACACAGCAUGACGCUCCUGCGUGCGCUUACGGCUUCGGCAUUUAGCCCCCAAAUCGCACGUAUUCAAUAUCCUGACAAGAAGUUCACCAACACGGUAUCCGGCGCAAAGGAGUUGGAUCCUGAGGCACGAAUGAUCAAGUACUUCACACAAGAGAAUGGACGAGUGUUUGUGCACCCUAGCAGUACACUCUUCGAUAGCCAAGGGUUCUCUGGUAGCGCAACGUUCAUGUCCUACUUUACCAUGAUUUCCACAAGCAAGACGUUCAUUCGAGACCUGACACCAUUCAAUUCCUACACAUUGCUCCUUUUCUCGGGUGCAAUUACCCUGGACACUCUGGGGAGAGGCUUGAUGGUCGAUGAGUGGCUGCGGCUUCGUGGAUGGGCAAGAUUGGGAGUUCUAGUGUCAAGGCUUCGUGGUAUGGUUGAUGAUGUGAUCGCGUUGAAGAUUGAGAAUCCAGGAUUAGAUCUCGCGGAUAACGAGGUUAUAAAGAUAGUUAAAAAGUUGAUAGAGCUCGAUGGAUUAGAUGCAUGA